GACCCACAAAGGACUUUCCUAUGAGGUUGCAGUGUGAAUGCCGUCUUGUUUCUGACGUGUGCGGUGUGACUUUCAUAGAAAGCUCAGCUCUCGGUAAUUCCUCGUCGAUCGAGCUUCCGGGUAUAUACAGUGUCUAGUUCAUAUAUAAAGCUUCAAGCGUCAGAGCACGGACUUAGUGUGGGACUGGUCAAAGUGGAAUUAGUGAUUAUAUAUGAUACGCAUAACAUAUUUAACCAUUUAAAUGGUGUGUGUAUAUAUAUUAUAGAGGGUGUUUACAUACUCCAUAGAUGUAGCUGCAAUAAUAAGUUCAUUGACGGACUGAAACGCUGACGGAUACAUAUAUACAUAAAACCGUGAGUAAUACGUACGAACGAUGGGCACGUUGGAGCUAACACGCCAAACAACUCAUUUCAACGAUCACAAAGAUGGCUGCCACUCACGGACUCUUCCUCUCUGUAACAAGACAAAAAGCACCAAACUUUUAACUGGCAAGUCGACGGAGACGCUGACUGUGCCAGAAAAGUCUGGUCCUCAGGAGAAAUCAAAUGUCAGAACAAAAGACAGCAAAGACACUACUCGGCAUUUAAGCCCUGCAGUUCAGGCAGUAAUGGAAAUGGAUAUCCCAGUCCAAUAUAUUGAACUGGCAAAUGAAGUCCAUGUAAUGGAGACAGGAAAAGAAUUUUCGCGAGUCCAAGAUUUAUAUCUCUGUGCCAUGGCAAUCGCUGAAAGUCCCGAGAAACAACAUGAACUGGCCCAUAAAGUUUAUCAGCAUCAGAAUGCAGCCAAAAAAGGAACACAAGCUCAGGAAAAGAUUCCAGAAGAAACCCUACAUUGUUCAUCAGAGAGAAUUAAAACUUUUGAGGCAAAAAAAGUAGCUGAUAAGGCAGAUGUGCAGCAGCGUUUCCAUUGUUUGCUGGCAGAAAACAAGAAAUUGAAGAAAAGAAAGCUGUGCCGUUCCUGUCAGAAGGUUGAGCUGGCUUCCAGUGGUGUCACCUUCCUUCCAUGUGGCCAUUUUAUUGUAUGUGAAGAAUGUGCUGAAAAGCAUGAUAAUUGUCCAGCAUGUGGUAAAACUAUUAUGGGUACUGUACGCACUUUUCUGGCUUAGAGAAUGGCAGAUGUCUUUGUAAUGAAUGUUCAGUUAAUUGAAGUCACUUCCUUCUUCCAUCAAGAGCUCUUUUGUCCCUUAAAACACAAGGUAGAUGAAUGCUGUUGAUGUAUUGUUCUUGGGAGACCAUAGAACAAAUGUCACUGAAUUUGUAUUGUAACAGCAAUAUCAAUAAAAUCUUAAGACCAUUUGGCUGUUCAAGAAAGGUAGAACUUGAGGGAAAUAAAAGAGCUCUGCCUGAUGGUAAAGGGAAUGGAUUUUGUGACAACAUGGAAUUGUGAUGUUCAAUAGUUUAAGUUUUAGGUAGAUCUAAGAAAUGCUUUUUUGAUUAGUCUGAUUAUUUUGUACUAAACAGACACUCAAAAAAUAUGUGAUGAGGUUUGACCACUAUUAAGACAUAGACAUAAAUUGUUGCAUAAGUGUUGAGGCAAAGUGCAAAUGUCCAUGAUUAGAAGUGCAUGCUGUAGUAUAUAUGAUGGGGAGUCUUCAUAAUUUGUAGUAUGGUGGUGCAAAUACAGUAAAUAUGAACUCCCUUGGUCUUGUUAACCUCAAAAAUAGAUUUGGGGAGGGAAGCUGGAAAAUUACAAAGUUACAAGAGCUAACAAGCAAUGUGUAACUUAAAAGUUGUCAUUUAUCUCAUCGGUUUUACAGAAAUGUUCACAGCACUAGCAGUCACAAGAAUGCCACGAGCUUAUAUGCACUGACGGCAACUCUGUCUGCAUUGAGAGAUCCAUGAUUGGACUUGUCUGAUUUGCAGUUGGCUUGUGGCUAAAAUAGAUUCCUUUAACAAGAAUAUUUUUUUAUCCUAAAUCUUGAGAAGGUAACUAGUUCAACAAAGUGUCCAGGCUAUAAGUUGUACUUAUAUGACUGAUUUUGUCUAGUUUCUCUUUCAGUCCUUUGAGAUAAAUCCAUAUUGGCAGUGAACUUUUUGCUGUAUCUAGCACAAGAUGUGGGAUCAGGAAAGUUGUAUUAGAGGUUUUAAUCACUGGGUUCACUUUCUUUGGCUAGUUUAGAGUUGGAAAUAGAGAACAAGGAUUUAUAGAUUUGUGGAGGAAAAUUACAUAUUGGAUAAAUAAAAGGAAAAGGCAAGAUAAACCCAGAUUCAAGUAAAAGGGAGAAUAUUUGUUGAGGAUGCACCACCGUUAACAGUAAUUUCACCAAUACUUCUGUUAGAGAACCUUGUCAAAGUAGAACCCAACCUUUGGUCUGAUUAGUAUCUAAAACCACUGGGGCAGGAAAGGGGAAAAUGAAAGUAGAGGUGUCGGCCACCAACCUUGGGGGACCUCGUGAUGGUGGCCUGUAAUAUCCUUUUCAGCUCUGUUUAUUUUUAAUUGGUCUUGGGUGUUCUUUGUAAUUAUUCUUUUUUUUUCUCAGUAAAUUAUGUUGUUGAUGUAUGGAGGCGAGUGAGCAAAAAAAAAAAGAAAUCUUGAAGCUAAUUGUUUCCAUCAGGUCCCCUGUGUGUUCGUGUGUGUGACCCACAAACUAAGAUAUUUCUUACUGUAUUUUCCUGCACUUAAUAAAUCACCUGUUCUUGCCAAAUGAGAAUGAUGUUGGAGACAACAUUGAUUCUCGUUCCAGUUCACUUUAGAAAAAAAAUAAAUGGCUAAUAUUUCGGGUUAUCUUUAUAAACUAUUUACAAAAAGAAAAUAGCAGCAAUAGAAAUCUUGUUAACAGAAAUAAAAUACAUAUUUUAUGUCUAGCACCACGUUUCUCAACCUUUUAAUUGAUGCUUCCAGACAAAAACAGGUACGUCCGCGUCCCCCACUUAAUUUAAUUUUACAGUGCCAGCUACGUUCACUCAUACCAAUAUGAGAUACGAGAAACUUUUUUUUUUAAAUGACCACCCCAUUCUCCCCCGUCUCAAGCCCCACAGGUUGAGAACCGCAGGUCUAGCAUUUUACGGGGUUUUUUUGUUACAACUAAAGUUGUUGCUUGUGAUGAAAGAAGUGCAUAAUGUUCCAAAGAAGAACCAUUUUAUUUCUUGAACUGUGGCAUCUGUUUACAGGAAAUGAUAUAGCCCUAGUUUAUGGCUGCAUGUAAAAUACCACUAUACUACAAAUAUCGAGUUACAAUAAUGAAAGCCAGUACCGUGAAAGCUACAAGUCUAGCUGCAGCAGCUACAGACAAGUGAGAAGGAUACAAGGAUUAGUCCAAUACGCAAACAAUUGUUAAAAUGUUGACUGUUGUAUUCAGCAGGAGCCCAAGCAACUAUCCUCUGGUAACCAGUGAAAAGUUGUACGAGAUUAUAAUGAGGCAAGUGUAAGCGUUUACCAUGAGCAGUAUCAGAUGACAUGGAAAUAUUUUGAAAAAUUUAUGGUGAAAUGGUGUUGGAGACACCCGCUUUGCCUUCACUUAAGGAUAGUGUUCUGUAAUUGAAUAUUACCUUUAUGAUUAUUAUCUUUUGUUAAAUCAAAUUAAACUGUCAAGAAUAAAACCUUUUUCUGC